AUGGCCCGGCCAGCACAAAAUGAAUACCACGUCGGGUGGAUGUGCGCCUUGCUCGUGGAGCUGGAGGCAGCAACAGCAAUGCUAGAUGAAGACCAUGGCACUAUCAAAGGAGGAGGUCGAGAUCAAAACACUUACCGUGCUGGACGUAUACAUGACCACAAUGUCGUUAUCGCCUGUCCCCCUGUGGGUAUUGAUGGCCCUGUUGUGGCAGCACACGUGGCAACACACAUGAUCAGGACAUUUGAACAAUUGAAGUUCAUUCUGUUGGUUGGUAUCGGUGGCGGAUUGCCAGACUCAGAGAAAGAUGUCGACAUCAGGCUCGGCGACGUUGUCGUGGGUGUACCAAGCGGCACCAGCGGUGGGGUUAUACAUUACGACAAGGGAAAAGCCAAACAUGGAGGUGCUUUUGAGCUCAAGGGCACUCUCAAUGCGCCUCCCUAUGCGCUUCUGACUGCAAUCACCGCACUCCAAGUACAACCUCGAUCAGAUCGGGGUCGGCCGAUGCUAGGUUACCUUUCCGACAUGGUUCAUGGGUAUCCGCGUUAUGGCAUGCCUAGCCGGCGAAAAGACCGCCUCUUUCAUCUCAGAUAUCCUCACCCCGAAGGUCAAACGAACUGCGAUCAAUGUUUACCUAGCCACGAAAUCACUCGUAACAGUCGAAAAACCACUGAGCCCCAGAUCCAUUACGGCAUUAUUGCUUCUGGAAACAAGGUGGUGAAAGACCCCCAUUUACGUGACAACCUCCGGGCAUCUUAUGGUGCGCUGUGUGUGGAGAUGGAAUCUGCUGGUCUCGCAAAUAUUUCGCCGUCCCUUACGGUAAGAGGAAUAUGUAACUACGCAGAUUCUCACAAAAAUGACGAAUGGCACCCGUAUGCCGCUGCCACGGCGGCCGCGUGGACAAAAGAACUACUUCUUUUUGUCACAGCAUAG